UCCCUCCCUCCCUUUUAUACCCACACCCUGGAUGCAGGCAGGCGUGCACACGCCGGCAGAUUCAUUCAGCUUCCGUGUUCUAGCCCUUCUCCAUCUCUGUGACGCUCUCUCCCUACGUUCUUUGCUGGUGGAUUUCAGCCCACUGCUGUGUGGAACACCGCCAAAAUGUCUGACAAGCCCGACAUGGCCGAGAUCGCCCGCUUCGACAAGACCAAGCUGAAGAAGACGGAGACAAAAGAGAAGAACCCUCUGCCCACCAAAGAGACCAUCGAGCAGGAGAGGAAAGGCGACGCCACACCUUGACUUCAGAGCACAUUGAAAACACGAAGCUGAGAUGCUCCAGCGAACGCACUUUCCUUUUGAUUAUCACAGUAUUUGAAUCUCUUACGUUGUCUUCAGUACAGGGUGCUCAUGAGCUCCCUGGGGUGCUGUAAGAUCAUAUGGCAUCCUCACAUGGGGCCUAUCUUACCACUUGGGUGAAACAUCCUUUAGCCUGGGCGCCCGCCUCACGCUGUUAGUCUGUAGUUAACAUGUCUCCAUUAUUGCCAAACUGGGGAGUGGUGUAGUGAUGUACUGUAGCACAGAGAGAGAGGCAGGCACCCGGGCUACAGGGAGGUGGGGGUUGUCUACAGACAUGGGCGCAAUCACCGUCUAAUCAUGUGGGAUGUUUUCUUAAUGAACUUUUUACUUUUCUUUAUGAAAUAAAUGUGAAGACGUGAAACCAGUCA